AUGGUCACCAAAAUGCCAGCAGCGUACGACGCAUUGUCUGAGACCGAUGUGAGCCAACCAUCUUCAGCGGCGAUGCCGGCCGUCUCAGCCGAAGCUGGCUCCAGCGAGACGGGAUCAGCCCCGCCAGCCGCCAUCGACACGUUUGCACGCUUUCUCACCGUGUGGGUGCUUCUGGCCAUGGCUGUGGGUGUGCUCGUUGGCUACUACGUGCCAGCCAUUCCCGAUGCGUUGGAGUCAGCAACCGUUGCCCAAAUCUCCAUCCCCAUUGCCAUCUUCAUCUGGAUUAUGGUCUAUCCCAUGCUGCUGCAAAUUGACUUGACUGCCCUCCAGCGCGUGCGGUACAACCUGAAGCCCAUCCUCGUCACCACCGGCAUCAACUAUCUGAUUCAGCCGUUCUGCAUGUACGGCCUGGCCAAGCUAUUCAUUGACGUGGCUUUUGAAGACGUGAUUAGCGAUCAACUCCAGGAGGAAUACGUCACCGGCGCCGUCAUUCUCGGGGGAUCCCCGUGCACCGCCAUGGUUUUUGUCUGGUCAGCCCUCGUGAGCGGCGACGCGGCCUACACGCUGGUGCAAGUUGCCGUGAACGACAUUCUCAUUUUUAUUCUGUACAUCCCGACCAUGAUGCUCCUCCUGCAAGCCAGCAGCAUCCCCCUCCCUUGGGGGACCGCUUUCCUGUCCUUGGCACUUUUCAUGUGUGUCCCGGGUUUGGCGGCCCUGGGUACGCGAGCUCAUGCUCGCCGGCAUGGUGGUGAUGCCUUGCUGCAGAGGAUCGAGCGCGUUCUCAAGCCGUUUACCAUGAUUGCCCUUAUCGCGGUUCUCGUCCUCAUUUUUAUCUUUCAGGGGCAAGCCAUCGUGGACCAACCGGUCCACGUCCUGCUCAUCGCCGUUCCAUUGACCAUUCAAACCUAUUUCAUCUUUGGGUUGGCGUACAGCGUGAUGUGGUACCUUCGUGUGCCCUUUUGUUAUGCAGCACCGGGGGCCCUCAUUGCAACGUCAAACUUCUUUGAGCUGGCCGUCGCGCUUGCCAUCUCUCUUGAGGGCGCCGACUCGGGUGCCACUUUGGCCACAGUCGUUGGUGUCUUGGAAGAGGUUCCCAUCAUGCUUUCCCUCGUCUGGCUAUGCAAUCGCACACAGCACUGGUUUCCGGAGGCACCCAAGGACACCCCGCUCUCCGCUGCCCAGCUGGACGUGGAGAUGGCAGAGCAGCAAAACCAAGAGCCCAGCACAGAGCCUCGCAAGGUGCCCGUUACCGUCCUCUGCGCAUGA